AUGCCUGCUACGAGGUUGUUUAAAAAAGAGUCCGGAUAUGAAUCGAUCGACCCUUCUGGCUGUGAAAAUAAAAAUGAAUCCGAUUUCGAAGCCAAACAAACCCUGACAACCGAUUCCACUGAGAAUCAAAACCAAACACUCCCUCAAACAGACACCCCUCAACAGGAUCUGUUACCUACCACUCCUCAACCAAAUGAUCUACAGACAAACGAACCUCAGACAGAUGAAGUAGAGCCAAAACAGAAUACACAGAUAAAAAGAGAUGCGCAUCAAAUGCCAUUUGAAGGAUUACAUCAAAUGCCAAUGCAGGGGCCAUUUAACCCCCAGAUUAACCAUUCACUCAACAUUAACCAGACCCAACAACCAAUGAUGCCUCACUCGAACAUUCCCAUGCCUCACAUGGUUCACCCAGGUUUCCCAGUCAUGGGAUUUCCUGUUUUCCCGCCCAUGAUGAAUCAACCUACGGUGAACCAGGGAAAUAUGAACAUGAGCGAAUUCGCUUAUGUACCACCUCCGAUGAGAUUCCCUGGGAAAGAAAUGGGAUCUGUGGAUCAUAUGACACCGCAAGCAGUUUUGGGACGUCUGAGUGGUCACCCUCUGCUACCAAUGACCUCAUUUGGGCACCAACAAACGGGAGCCCAGACCACAAAUUAUAACCAAUUCUUCGACUUCAAGGACGAGACCGAAUAUAAUUUGGCAUUUUUGGAUCACUCAGGAGGAGUGGUGUACGACAACGGCUCGUACUCGCACGGUGGAAGAUGGCUUACAUUUUGGGAAUACAAGGGAAGGAUUUGGAGAAAGUCAUUUCCAGUAUCGCUGUUUGGGAGCGAAGGCGCAAAGGAGUUGGCGGAGACGUUUUGGGUGAGUAAGAUGAGGGCGAUUCAACUAUUUAACCGUAAUAAGCAGGACAAGAUUCUGAGGAUGGAAAAGAGAGCAGAAACCAGAGGAAGAAAGAAAAAAAUCCUGACCAAUUUGGAAACUCCAGUACCACAUUUGAGUUUGGACCCGACCCUUGCAGCCCAGUUCAUUCUUCAAGACCAAAACAAAAAGGAGUCAAAGGAUGCUCCGCAACCUAAAACCCUCAAGGACUCCCCGAAGGAGGAGACGAGUGAUUUUAAGCCGAGGGAAAGGGAAGCUCGAACUGACAAUAGAGAUCUUGAGGGUUUGGAGUGGGAUUCUGAAAGCAGCUCUUGGUGUUUUGAUAAGGUUGAAAAUGACACUAUAGUAAAGUUCAAAUUCAAAUGUGAUAAUAAGGAGGAGGGUUUGAAGGAGAUUCGAGCACUCAGGGAGGAUUAUGAAUACGAACUUUUGGAGGAAUAUACAAAACCAGUUUCGAAGGGUGUUUUCUAUGAUAAAGUUCGCAUGAACUGGAGAGUCCUAAUCUCAAGCCCACCCCGUGGAAUCAAAAAGUAUAAACUCUUUAGUGUCACUAAACUCGGAUACAAACUGGCUAAAGAGGCCGCAAUGUCAUACAGGGAAAACCUAGACUCCUUGGGAGGUGAGGAACCCGAUGGUUCCUCUGAUCCUGUUCCUCCUGAGGACCUUUCUGAUGAUCCUUUGGUACAUCACUUUUACACUGUUCUAAGUUCUAUCGCCGUUAGAGAAGUCAAGGACGGCUUAUCCUAA